UAGGUAUAUAUAUGUAAAAUGUAACCAUUUCAUUAUGAAUCGAAAAAUUAGUUUGCCAAGAAAAAAAAGAAUAUGGGUGUAACAGCAACUGCAGUUUUUUCUUCAAAUUCCAUGUCUCACUUGCCCUCCUUCUCUGCUUUAUGUAAACCCAAGUUGACAAUCUCAAUACCCAAAGAGAUAGCAUAUGGGCUUUCCGUGAGUACAAAUCGUAGGGAUUGUCAUUGUUCAGCUCUCUCCACCAUAAGAGCAGACGGGAGCAGGCGGCGGAGGUCUUCAAAAGAUUCUACGACAGGGAAAAAAUCCAAAGGAGCUGAGCUCAAUAUACAGUCAUCCCCUGACAGUAAAUCGUCAAAAUCAUUAAACCAGGAAGAGAUCAUUUCUCUUUUCAAGAGAAUACAAUCUUCGAUUUCAAAAGGUGAUUCUACAAGUUCCAAGAAAAGAAGUACCACGUCCUCUGAAGAGAAGCCCGCUAUUGAUUCGGUCUUGGAAAUCCUUCGUCAUUCAAAGACACAACCAAAAGGUACAAAGUCAAAUACGAAGGAUGACAAGGGUUCGACACAUCAAAGAGGCCAAAAGGAACCAGAAACAGACUAUUCACCAGCAUCAGAUCCAAGAUCAACACUCCUACGGUCAAGCUUUAAGAAAAAAUCCCCUGUACAAUCUCCAUUCUACUCCAAAGAAAAGGUUGAGCUCAAGACGGAGACAUCACUGGAUAAUCAUGGUGAAAGGGAAGCAAUCAAAAUUGAAGAAAUGAAACUUCCUCAACUUAAAGAACUAGCAAAAUCUAGAGGACUUAAGGGUUAUUCGAAACUGAAGAAAAGUGAACUAGUGGAAUUGCUCAUCAGAUGUUGAAACAAUGAAGGGAUGAUCAAGUUGCCCCUCCAAUGCUUUACAUACUUGACAGUUAACUGCAGGACUCGUCUCUUUUUCAUAUUUGCUUUCUUUCACGGAGAAACAGGAUGGAAGACCAAAGUGUGGGAGUUUAACACAUUCAUUUGUUGUUUGUUUUUACCAUAUGUUAGUCUUUUAAGUCUAUUUGCAUUCAUGAAAUCUUUCUCAAGUUGCA